UGGCUGCAAGCGCAGUCCGCUUGAUACUAGAGUUGAGGCGCGAGAGAAAGCGCGAGAGAGCCGCAUGAAAUCUCUGCGGUGCAGAGCUGGAAAAAGCAGCUUCUCAGCGAAAAUCAGACGCCCUAUUUAAUCUGCUCACUUGCUCCCUUAAUUUUUUCCUGGAGAAAAAAAGAGGACUUACCAAGAAGUUGCAACGAGGACUGGUUCCCGUCUCGGCGAGCAAACUUGGUAUUUCAUGCUACAGCAAGUCACCGCGCAGCGCUGGAUGAACCAAAAGAACAACUGCAUGAAACAAGAAAGGAGAGAAGAGACGCUGAUUCACAAAUCCGUUUUGGCGACGCUCGCAAGCUCAUUUGCGUACCUGCAAAAGAGUCGCGACGGCAGCAUGAGCGCAGAGUUGAGCAUGGGCCCGGAGUUACCCAGCAGCCCUCUGGCUCUGGAAUAUGUCAACGAUUUUGACCUGAUGAAGUUUGACGUCAAGAAGGAGGGUUUGGCCGGCCUGGAACGCGGAGGAGUGCGUCAGUGCAACCGCCUCCAACCGCAAGGCUCCGUGUCGUCCACGCCGAUCAGCACGCCUUGCAGUUCGGUGCCUUCGUCGCCCAGCUUCAGCCCCACGGAGCAAAAGAACCACCUGGAGGAGUUGUACUGGCUUCCUAGCGGCGGCUACCACCAGCAGAUGGACCCCCAGACUCUCAGCCUCACCCCCGAGGACGCAGUGGAGGCCCUGAUCGGUGCCACGACCCACGGCCAUCCUGCGCCGCCGCCACACGUCCAGCAGCAGCUGCAGCAGCAGCAGCAGCACCAAGGCGCAUUCGAAGGCUACAGGGGUCCGCAUCACCACCACGGCCACCACGGCCACGGCCACGGCCAGCCUCACCACCACCCGUAUGCGGGGGCUAUGAGCCACCACGCCGAGGAGCUGUCAGCUCACCCGGGAGCGCACAGCCACCCGCACGGCCAGCAUCAUCAUCACAGCAACAACAACCAGGACCCCGACAGCCCGUCCCCGGUGUCCCCGGAGGCCCACCCGACGCUCCACCACCACCGCCACCAUCACCACCACCACCACCACCAUCCGCACGGCCACUUGGGCCAGUCGGCGGCACACGGCGGCGGCGGCGGCGGCGGCGGGCUCAGCGUGGAGGAGCGCUUCUCGGACGACCAGCUGGUGUCCAUGUCGGUGCGGGAGCUCAACAGACACCUGCGCGGCUUCACCAAGGACGAGGUCAUCCGCCUCAAACAAAAGCGCAGGACCCUGAAGAAUCGCGGCUACGCGCAGUCGUGCAGGUUCAAGCGGGUGCAGCAGAAGCACGUGCUGGAGAACGAGAAGACGCAGCUGAUGAACCAGGUGGAGCAGCUCAAGGCAGAAAUCAGCCGCCUGGCCAGGGAGAGGGACGCCUACAAACUCAAGUGCGAGAAACUCGCCGGCUCUGGAUCGGGGCCCAGCGGCGGCUUCCGCGAGGCGGGCUCGACCAGCGACAACCCCUCCUCGCCAGAGUUCUUCAUGUGAGUUGUUUUCCCAGGACCACGGACGACCGAGAGACAGCAUUCACCCCGAACACAAAUUGACUGAUGACAACACUGACAAGAAACCGAUUAGGACUCCGGGGCGACAAAUAGAUCCACAUGUAAUCACGUGUCCAUCCAGGCGUCCACCGAGGUGUCGUGGCAGCGUCUUUGUAAACUAGACUUGCUCGUUGAUGAGACUUUUCAAUUCUCUCCUCCGAGAAAAUAAUCGCCAGAUGAACUGUGGCCCUCCUUGAGGCUUUUACCACAUAAUCUUGCUGUUAAAUGGUGGAGCACGCAGGCUCAGCAAGGAGGCCUGGCGUCGAGAAUCCCCCCCCCCCCAAAAAAAUAAAAACAAAACAAAACAAACAAAAACAAGCAAGACUCCACUUUAUGCAAAUCUGUCGACUAGCCAGACACCGGGGAGGACAUUUUAUGCAACAUCUCAUUGAUUUCUUGCCUGCUUGGUUAUUAUAUUCCAAUAUAUAGAGAAACAAACGAAAACAUGCAUUAAAUAUUAAUCCUGCAUGCUGGACAUGUAUGGUAAUAAUUUCUAUUUUGUACUUUCAUUAUCUCCUGUAUAUUAAUAAGAGCAUGUUGUUGAUCUGCGCUUCUCCAUAUAGUUUUUGGGGAGGGAUCGAGAAAAGCAGCGGGGACAGAACAGCAGGACUGCCUGUGCAGCAUCGUAUAGCGUCAUAUGCUCGCGGCCGGCGGGGAAGGCUGGGGGAAUUAUUUGGGCUUGUAAAUAUUACGCAACCGCAAAACUGCACAAGAUCGAGGAGGCUGGUUUGAACUUCUUUCUUUCUUUGUGUUACGUUUCUCAUUUAUAUUUUUUACGUUCAAUUAUCAUUUCUCAUUUGCGGGACUGACUGAGAGAGGAGUGCACUUUUGUUCCAUGUUUGGCUGUUGAAUUGGAGACGACAACAACAACAAACUUUGCGGCGAGUGCACUUUUGGAUGAUGAUUUUUUUGGGGAGCAAGUUUUCAUUUUGACAUUUGCACAGACCCCCCCUCCGGGAAAACAAUUCGAUGCUUUAAGAUUGAAGUGCAAAAAUAAAUAUUGACGGGAGUUUAUGACGACGUUAUCUUUUCGGGGGACGCAGAUUACACGAUUGUCUAUUGACUCAUUAACAUACACACUCAGGGUGAGAAUUUGGACAGGCAAUAAUAUUUAAAAAUGACGUGAUAUUUCUACCCCCUUUACCUUGUGAUUUGGUUGAUUGUGAACAGAAAUAAUCAAAAUAAUUUCGAUUGACAGCCACUUGUAGCAUCAUUAGCGCAGCAAAGAUUUAUAGAUUGUAUUGCAGCGUAUUUCUUAUUUAGGUAUGUCGUGAUGCAAAGUUUGUCAUUCUUGUUGUGUUUUCCUGAUUUUUUUUCUGCAGGCCAGGGAAAAAAGGGGAUUCGGGUGGUGCAAAUGCUCAAAAUGAAAAUAUUUUAUAUGUUAUUACGUGCUGAUUUGAUUUGUUUGUAUUAUUAUUUUAUGAUUCUGGUUCUGCUGGCCAGAUGCAUAGUUACAUAAAGUUUUUAUUUUAAUGAUUUAAAUUAACAGAUUGUCAGAUCAUAUCGAAUAAGCAUGGUGCUUGCAUUUGAAAGUAUUGUUGAAAAGUCAUGCAUUUAUCAAUCUUUGGUUUUCUUGAUUCAACUGUGUUGAAAUCGAACUGAAACUGCAGCAGCGGGUUGUUGUUUUGUUUUCAGCAUUGCCAUGUACUUUGUCAUGUUGGGGAUCAAUUUUCAAUCCUGUUUAUAUGAAUAAUAUAGUUAAACACUUAAAUUUGAACUGUUCCAUUCAGGCUGGUUUCUGUUUUGUCUUAUUUUGGGGUUGUUUUUGGAAGAAAUUGUUUCCUAUUUUGCUUAUUAAAGUCAUCGAAAUGGCAA